ACUGCGGACACAGUACAACCCCCCAAGACUGCGGACUGUAUAGGGGAUGACCAAGACACUGCGGACAGUACACCUACAACCAGAGACUGCGGACAUAGUACAGGAUCCACCUACCAGAGACCGGACUGUAUAGGGAUGACCAAGAUACUGCGGACAUAGUACAGGGGAUGACCAGAGACUGUCCAUAUAGUACAAGAUGACCAGAGACACGGACAUCCACCUACAGGAGAUGACCAGAGACUGCCACCUACAGGAGAUGACCAGAGACUGCCACAGUACAGGGGGAUGACAAUAAGACUGCAGACAGUACAGGAGAUGAC